GUGAGAACUGUAUUGUGCUCCCAGGCCCGGUGUUACCGGAAACAUGGCGGCCGUGUGAGCAGGAGGGAGAGCCGGGCCGGGCAUGGCUGGGACCGGGACCGGGACCGGGGGCCGCAUCGGGGAGGUCAUACACCUCAAUGUGGGCGGCAAGAGGUUCAGCACCUCCAGGCAGACCCUGACAUGGGCGUCAGACACCUUCUUCUCCAGCUUACUAAGCGGCCGUAUCUCUACUCUAAAGGAUGAAACUGGAGCAAUAUUCAUAGAUAGAGAUCCUACAGUGUUUGCACCAAUAUUAAACUUUCUAAGGACCAAAGAACUUGAUACAAGGGGUGUGAACAGCUCCCUUCUGCUGCACGAGGCUGAGUUUUAUGGCAUCACCCCUCUAGUCAGGCGUUUGCAGCUGUGUGAAGAGUUGGACCGAUCAUCCUGUGGAAGUGUUUUAUUCAAUGGCUACUUACCCCCGCCUGUUUUCCCAGCUAAGCGGAGGAACCGGCACAGUGUCUCUGGGCUGCAGACUAGUUGCAGGAGUUCCAUUAAUGAACGGGUUCCAGUCCGGAGAAGUAACACCAUGCCCCCCAACCUGGGUGGUGCUGGCAUCCUGGGACGCACCUUAGAGGAGCGCUUCUUUGGGAAUGGGGGAGGUACAUCCAGUGACCCCGGCAUGGUCCGGAUCAUCUGUGGGCAUCACAACUGGAUUGCAGUGGCGUUUGCCCAAUUCAUCGUGUGUUACAGAAUGAAGGAAACGUCAGGCUGGCAACUGAUUUUCACAAGCCCCUGUCUGGACUGGGUCAUUGAACGAGUUGCCCUAAAUGCCAAGGCUAUGGGUGGGUCACUGGGGGACAAUGACAAGAUGCUGGCAGUCUCCUCCUACAGCGAGAUCAUCCUCUGGUCCAUCAAUGGAGAUGGCAGCGGGAGUGAAAUCGGGGUUUUCAGUCUGGGAGUUCCAGUUGAGUCUUUGUUCUUCGUUGGAAAUCAGUUAAUUGCCACAAGCCACACUGGGAAGAUCGGUGUGUGGAACGCAGUGACCAAGCAUUGGCAGAUUCAAGAUGUGGUGCCGAUAAACAGCUAUGACACAGCUGGCUCCUUCCUCCUGCUGGGCUGUAAUAAUGGAUCAAUCUACUAUGUAGACGUUCAGAAGUUUCCAUUGCGGAUGAAAGACAACGACCUACUGGUUACAGAGCUGUUCAGGGACCCAACAGAAGAUGCAAUCACAGCUCUCAGUGUCUACCUUACUCCGAAAACAAGUGACAGCGGUAACUGGAUAGAGAUUGCAUAUGGCACAAGCUCAGGUGUGGUGAGAGUCAUUGUGCAGCAUCCAGAGACCGUGGGAUCUGGCCCCCAGCUCUUCCAGACUUUUACUGUCCAUCGCAGCCCUGUCACCAAGAUCAUGCUGUCAGAGAGGCAUCUUAUCUCAGUUUGUGCAGAUAACAACCACGUCCGCACGUGGACUGUCACACGUUUCCGUGGAAUGAUAUCUACUCAACCGGGAUCAACCCCACUUGCGUCGUUCAAAAUCUUGUCUUUGGAAGAUAUUGAUGGGCACGCUGGCUGCAGCUCAGGAAACGACAUUGGGCCCUUUGGGGAACGAGAUGACCAGCAAGUCUUCAUACAGCGAGUUGUGCCCGAUUCCAAUGUUGUCUAUGUUCGCCUAUCAUCGACGGGGAAAAGGAUCUGUGAAGUGCGGUCCGUUGACGGCACCCCUAUCACUUCUUUCACUGUGCAUGAGUGUGAAGGCUCCAGCCGCAUCGGGUCUCGACCACGGAGAUACCUUUUUACCGGACAUGCCAGUGGCUGUCUCCAGAUGUGGGACCUAACAACCGCCAUGGAGGUGGCAAACAAAGGAGAAAGCACAGAGUUAGGGGGUCUGACCCAAGCGGAGCUGCUGGAGCAGUUGGAGCAAUGUGACCUGGCUCUCACCCGCACCCCUGAAAUGAGUCCUGCCACUUCUUUCUCCCAUCCCGGUAAUCCCCGGGCAUCCAUUGCCAGCCUUCAGUCCCAGAUAAGCGAUGGUCCUCGGGACAGGUUUUCCAAGGUUGCAUUUCCCUCCACUCAUCGUUCACAGAUGUCAAGCCGUCCUUUUGAAGGCUGGGCCUCGCUCUGCAGCCUCCAGCCUCAUCUUACUGGGAGCUUGAGUUCUUUGCAGAAGUCGGAUACUUUGCCCAGAUCCUGUGCCAAAUCCUCCAGGGCUCCAAGCAGUCAGCCUCGUAUUGAGGUUCGUGGAGCUAAUGCUGACCCCCCUUCACGUGUGAGUGGUAGUUUUGUCGAACGUUGCCAAGAGCUUGCACGUUCCAGCGAGUCCCAGCAUGCAGAACCCCGCUGGCCAUGCAGUGAUGUACCACCAACCAGAAUCAAGAGUACACGAACCGCUGCACCAGCAAGACGUCCAUCAUCUCCUGCCCCUCCACAACCUUCUCCGCUCUGUGUUGCCCCUUCACCAGCUUCGCCAUGUUCUUCCCCUUCUCCACCUGCAGAAGAAGCCACCACCAGCUCUCCAACUCCUCCAAAACUCCCUCAGAAACCUAGGCUCAAUGAAACUUCAUUCUGAAAAGCCUUCUAGUAGUAGGAAGUGAAGAGUCAAGAGGCAAGUAAUCUGGCAUUAAGGCUGCAACUUCCUGUAGAUCUACACAUUAUUUAUCUGCAACGCUUGAAUGGGUAGAGCCAUUCGCUGCUCAUUAAAUGCAUCUUUGUGCGUUUGUUAUUCAGAGGAACCCUUGUUUACUAUAGCAGGUCCAUCUUUAUACCUAGCCAUGUAGCUCGUACACUUGUCCCGUUGUCAUUCUCCAAACAUGAUUUUGAAGGACCCAUCAACAGCCAAAACAAGGCCAUAAGGGUCUGUCUUAUUGUAAAGGGAAUGUGUAAUGGGUGUUUAAUGUUGUGUAAUGUUUGUGUGUGCAGUGCCUGUGUGUUAGGAUUACGGUGGUUAUAAAAUCUAGGAUUCUUGCUUGUAAAGCUUUUGUUGACCUGUUGGUAAAGGUAGUCUCAGCGUGAGGUAACAGGCUUACUGGGAAGAUUAGAAUUACAGAACCUGUGUCAUCACGAAUUCUGUUCCAGAAUGAGUCAAAUUGAUCUUGUGGAAGCAUUUGAAAUGACACAGUGCGACAGUGUUAAACCAAACUCUGGUUACAUAAUGUCUGAUGGCAGAUUUCAUAGUUUACUGCAAUAUUUAUAAAGUUAGAAAUGUUUUGCUGGCACAUUCAGGUGGCAUUACCCAGCCGUGCCUUAUUGCAUUGUCAUAUCUUAUUGCUUUGUCAUAGAAAAUAACGAACUCUGUUAAUAUUGUGUCCCAGUAUCUGCAAUAAACUCCACUGUGUCAGUGGAACAAUCUGCAGCUGUCGCUAACCACAUGCAGGGCAGGACGGUAACUCCACAGCAGGACCCUCUGCCUUGCCUUCAUUUGUUUGUACCCUCCAAUCCUGCUUUCCCUCCCUGUCUGUAUCCCCAGUUUGGAAAACGGGACCACCCCAACAUUAGAUCUAUUUAAUGUAUUGUGUCUUGUCUUAGUAACAUUUCUGUUAUAUUCGUUUUUCUGUUAACCUUUUGCUGUCCUUAUUCAUUCCCUGUGGCUUCUUUCAUUUCCAAUCUCCCCAUGGCAUUUCAGAUUUUGCCCCCAGUUGGGUAGUUGUCAAAAUGUGGUCUGAUCCCUAGGAAAACGUGGUUGGAAUCUCAGGGAAGUGAGUUAACAUAAGACACAAAAUCUAGAUGGAAAAAUACCUGGAGUCAAAGUGUUAACAAUGCAAUAGUUUUUUUUUUUUUUUAUUACAUUUGAGAUUUUUGCAAAUUGUGGAGAUAUUCAUUUUUGUUCCUUUUUUUUUUUUUUUUUUUUUUAUAUCCAACCAAUGCAUUUUGAAUGUAUACGUUUGGUA